GUUCACGCUUUUGUACUGAGAUGGUCAGUUAUUAUGACCGUAAGUGAAAUUACUUUGCAUCAUGCUAAUAAGAGCCUGGUCUUUGUUUUUUAUCUUCCCAGUCUUACAGACAAAUCUGGUACAAUCUCCCCCCUUAAUGAGAAUUCUUAAUGGGCAUUCUGCCAGCCUGAACUGCAAAAUUCUGAAGGACAACACCUAUUGCUUUGAUAUAGUGUGGUACAUACAGAGGAAUGAUGAAGCCCCACAGCGGAUAGAAGAAAACAAAACAUUUUCUCCAUCAAAAGAGAAAAGCCAAAUAGAUUGCUCCUUAACAAUAUAUAACGUACAAAAAGCUUAUGCUGGAACUUAUUUUUGUGCCUGCUGUCACUAUACACUAAGCUCAUUCGGGAAUGGGACAAAACUCUUUGUCACAGAUGGAACACCAUACUCUGUGUUUGUAUUCAUUCUCCCUCCAUCGGAUGAAGAAAUGAAGCUGAGAAAUACAUCAACUCUAAUUUGCAUUGCAGAUAGUUUUCCCGAUGACCAAAUUGAAAUUUACUGGAAUGUUGGAGGAAAUUUUACAUAUGGGCUUACUAGCCCUGGCAUUCAUAAUGAUGAUGGAAUUUACAGUGUGAAAAGCCUACUAACAAUACCAACUGUAGCCUGGGACAGCAGUAGAAAUUAUACCUGCAUAGUAGACACAGGAAAUGAGAAAAUCAAAAAAAUAUUAUGGAAAGGUCCUACAAUAACGUCUGAUGGUCUUGCUACAGUACCUUCUGAUGGUAGUGUCGCUCAGCUUGGAUUAAUGUUUGGAUUCUGUUUAUCAGUCAUUGCCCUUCUUCUUGUAGCAGUGAUAGUUAUUAUACUCUGUUAUCUGAGACAGUUAAGACGAGAAUCUCCCAAUGAAGGAUAUCAACCUGUACGGGACAAGACUAAUCAAACAGAAGAAUUAUAUAUGAAUGAGAGCAGAACGACAGGUGAACAAAGGCCAUCCAGUGCAAUGCUUGCUUCCACCAAACACAAAUGGAAAAAGGCAACAGCUGUACAUAUCAGGCAAUACAAAUGAAGAUGCAGAGCAGGAAUAUUUUAAGGCCCAUGACCCAAGAAGUAAAAAAGGUUACAAAACUGACAAAAGAUAGUAUAAAAAGCAGCGCAUCAAUGGCACCUCUGAAAUACACAGCAUGCAAAUAAUGGAGUUCUGUAAGCUAUUCUGCAGCAUAGAAUCAAUGAUGUCAUAUUUUCACAUGCAAAUGUUUUUACCUGUACUGCUUAUGAUAUAACCGGGUUGUUUUAAAAAUGGCUUCUUAAUACACUGAAAGGAAAAUGGUAUCAUAAAAAUGUAUUAAAGGGCGUACCUCUUUGAAUGGAAAAUGACAUUGUUAAAUUAUAUUAAAAGAUAUACAUCAUUAUUAGCUUUUACCUUGUAAAUGUUCAUAUUUUUAUGACUGUUUCUGUCAGUUUUUGAAUGUUAUUGACAACUGCUUUAAUUCCUUUCAAAAUAUGAGAAAUAAAUGAAGAUCCAAUCAUCAUUAUCAUCAUUCUCAGUCAUCAUCACAAUCUCUAGCUUGAAGCUUCCUUAAGUUAGAUGUACCAUUAUAUCAUCCAUGAUGUCUUUAAUACCACCUUGUAUUUCACAAUACAGUUUUGUAUGUACAAUGCAUAUAGCAGACAUUAAAUUUCUAACCAGCACCACUUAUAGAAGAUUUACAAAUUUGUUAAUGACAUUCAUCAUAUUGAUCACUGGCUUACAUGCAGACCCUUUACCAGAGUUAUACAUUUCUGUUUACUAUAACACAUAAGGUCAUGGGGCUUGACUCAUGAGAAAUCCACAUAUUUACAUAGUGCAACUUGCAGUAUGCAACCUUGAUCUAGCAUGGACCUAACUACAUAAUCCUAGCUACCCUAGCUACUUCUGAGCUGCAUAUAUUACUAAAUGUCUUCCAUAAGAUAGGAGGGGCUUCUGCUAAGUGCUGUGAUGGGCUUUGCCACCACUCACAUAACAUAGAAUGACAGCUACAAAUUUACAGAGACUGCAAUUCUGAGCAUAUCUAAACAAUCCUGUCUUGGUUUAUGAUUUAUUGUGGAGUUGACUGGUAAGAGAAGUUUUAUUUAUUUUUACUGUUAAAUGGAGGUGCGACUGUGCACUAUAGUGAUGUAAAGAAAUUACAACUUCUGUCUGGUUGGUAGAACUUCUAUGAUCAGAACAACUUUAUAUUAUUUUAUUAUUUAGUUGGAUAU